AUGUCCAAAGGGCCUUUCAUUCUCUGGCUGGUGAUUGAGCUGGUGCAGCUUUAUCUGACGCCAGCCACAUCAGAGAUUGUUGUGAUGGCAUUUUUGGGUCAGUCGGUGACUUUGCCCUGUACAUACGCAUCCUGGUCUUCUCAAAGCAAUAGCAUGUGCUGGGGCAGAGGCUCGUGUCCCAAGUCCAAAUGCAACCAGGAGCUUCUCCACACGGAUGGAACGAGGGUGACCUCAAGUCCAUCAGCAAAGUACAAACUCCUGGGGAGAGUCUGGGCAGGCGAUAUCUCCUUGACUAUCUCAAACACCAAUAAAGAUGACAGCGGCGUGUACUGCUGCCGCAUAGAGGUGCCUGGCUGGUUCAAUGACGUGAAGCAGAACAUUCGCCUGCUGCUGAGAGCCCCAACAACCACGCGCCCAACAACAACCACGCGCCCGACGACAACCACGCGCCCGACGACAACCACGCGCGCGACCACAACCACGCACGCGACCACAACCACGCACACGACCACAACCACGCUCAUGACAACCACAGCUGUGCUUCCAACAACAGUUGUGACUACACCUGACCUCACAACCAGAACACCACUUCAGACAAGAGCCACCACUGCCUUGGCAACAACAGCAAAGACGUGCCCUCCAACAACCCCAAGCUCCCUUCCAGAGGCAGCCACAGAUCUUCUGACCACUGAGCCUUCCACAGCAGGGUCCACCCUCAUUGCAGAGUCUGAAGAUCGGAUUCACCUAUCAACAUCCGAGGCCUCGACAUGGAAAAUGAGUGAUUCAGUGACUUCUUCUCAGCCCGGAGCAUCUAAGAUGACAAUUUCUGUGCAAAAUGAAGUUGAAUCAGAACAGCUAAGCAUGGCCAACAACUCUGACCUGCUGAUAAUCAUUGCUCCCUCCUUGGGAUUUGUGCUGUUUGCCUUUCUCGUGGCUUUUCUCCUGCGAGGGAAAAUCAUGAAAACCAAUUGUUUGCAGAAACACACGAGGCUAGAAAAUGUUGGAGAAAGUAAAAAUGUCCUUAAUGAUAUGCAACACGAAAGGGAAGAUGAAGAUGGCCUUUUUACGCUCUAA